AUGUCUUGUGGGGAAAUGAUGGCAUAUUGUGUUGGUGCUUGCCUCAAUGCACAAAUCAGCUCGAUUAAAGGUGAUGCAAGAAUAAUCAGAGGUCCAGCAAACAGCUUUUUUACGCUUCAGGCUGUUCUACCUGAUGUGUAUAAGGUUCUUUUAAAAAUUAUUUUAGUGCGUCCAUAUCACGCGUUAGUGACAUUGGCAGGAAAAAUUUCGAAAGAUUUACGUUGGAUCACGUUUUUGCCAAAAAGAACAUACGUGAUUGGUGUAUCAAUUGCUGUAUUCCCCGACGACGUUUGGACACCUUCAAUCCAAGGUAAAUUGAAGCAGCUCAAAAAUUCAGAGAUUUCUUACAACUUGUACCAUCAAUUGUACUUUUUACUAUUUAAUCAUGCAGAUGGUUUGAUUCCGGACCCAAAUAAACCAUUUUUCAUUGAUGCUCUGGGCAUGACAAGCGUCAAGCUUACUUGUACUUUCAGUGGAAUAGGAACACCGCAGGAAAAUACAUUAACCACGUAUGAGAUAACGGUUGAGAAACGUUUUCGGAUAGAUUACAUCGGAUGCACCGACGGAGUGAAUUGGAUUACAUACAUGAUUGAAUGGGGUAUGCGAAUUCGAUAUUACAUUUACUUUUUUAAAAAUAAACUUAUGGAUGAGUCCUUUUCCAAUAGUAAAUUAUCUUCAAACUUUUUAUUCCUUGUAAUUGACACAUUAACAAACGACCUUUCCUCCCGAAUGAGGCGCAAGUUUGAGAUUACCACAGUUAAAAGUAUUUUUGGUUUAGAAGUAAAAAAAUUCUACCACUUCCGAACUUCCAUUUUUGUCGUACCUGUAUUUUCAAACUGUCUAUUACUUUCGGAUUUCCAAAAAAAACUUAUUGUACACUCCACUAGCUGGCAAAUUUGGACAGAGAAAUCUUAA